AUCUAGUUUGAAUUAGAGCUGCAACAUCUUACCUAUAAACCUUACCAAACCUCUUGUAUUCUACAAGGAUAUUGUGGCCGUAUGAAAUUCAGACUCAACUACCACCUUGGCACGGGGGAGGACAGUGUAAAAACAAGAUACAAGCCUUGCCAAGUAUUUUUUGACCACCAAGUCCUUCACUGCAUCUGGUUUGAGGAUGCUCUUGUCCACUAUGGGGUUCCUACUUUUGUGUUUGACCUAUAUAUCCUCGUCCCGGAUAUUGACCUCGCAGCAGAUUUGCUCGUGAAGGCUGGGUGGACGUUUGAUAUGCAAAAGCCAUAUCUGAUUGGAAACGCAAAGGUGGACUUAGUGACCUUCCCUCAACGACGACUAAUAUCCCCUAAUGGCCAAACGAGAACUGUCCUCCUUCCCGCUGUCAACUGGAAGUUUCCUCUCACCACCGACACACAACUAGAAUAUGCGCCUUUGGGAAAUGGGACAUUACACAAGGCGCCAUUUCCGCCAUUGGCAGGCUUGCUGGAUGCACUGAUCGAAAUCUGGCUGGAUUGUCCUAGCGAUAGUGCAAUGUUGUCAAUCGUCUUGGCAUGCCAAAUCUCCUAUCUCUAUGCGCAUGUUCCAGCCUUGAAGGAGAGGUCGUUUGCUAAACAGAUGAAAUAUGAACAUCACCAGUUUCAUUUUGAUGUAUUGGCAGGGAUGCGGAGCGGUACACUGCCAUUUCGAAGACACCAGCGAGCUAUUCGUGAUGCGCUGUUGCAGGGCGAGUAUAAGCUGAGGGAAUGCUCCGCUUCUCGUGAUAACACGGAUCUGUUUUCUCCUCCAGGAGAUAUCGCCUCCAAGUGAGUUGAAGACGAGCAACAGAAAUAGGAUGCUCUUGAGUCAACAGAAACGGAACGCUAGAUGGGUCUGUUGCAAGUGCCAUGUGGAAUCAACAUAUGACAAGUCCAUUCGAGUAUGAAUAAAUACCCUUCACGCCUGCUAGGCUAUGUUAUUGAGUUAGCAUUCAUUAGUGAUCCAAGCAUCGGUAUGCAUAUUGUUAAUGUCCUCUUGCGUCAAACGAAAACCAGACUGUCCAGAGAAUCUCAGAUCCAACCAAUUCUGAGAGGAUUCUAUCAAAUAUGCUCUCCGGGAUUGUCCAUUCCAUCGACAAAGAUAAUAAAUAAUACGGAUAGAUUGAAUAGUUUGCGUCCAGACCCGACAGCUA